AUGACAAGUGGUCCACUGCUCGUGAUAUACAAUCCCGUCUGUGGAGACGGCACUGCUGAGGCCUUUUUCAAUGAGCACGUUUUUCCUCGUCUCGAGGAAGCGCAUCUCCGAGUUAGCCAAAACGUGGCAACUGGAGCCGCUGGGCAUGCUGGUACCAUAGUGAUCCAGUUCCUAGAGCGAUACGAGGGCGACGUGACAGUUAUCCUGGGCUCCGGCGAUGGGACGCUGCACGAAAUCAUCAAUGCACUCUCGCUUGUGGCACUAAAAGGUGUACGCGAGAGUGUCGUAUCAUCAUCGGUUCGUGUGGUUCUUGUCCCGUGUGGGACGGCAAACGCUCUCUAUUGCUCGUUAUUCAAGCCAACCUCUAUGCCUGAGAGCCCAGCAUACAAGCUGAAGUCUCUUGAAGCAUUCAUCAGGGGUUCGAACGUUGUUCCUCUCACACUUGCUGUCGCAACCCUCUCUUCUCCGCCGAGCUCAAAGCAAUCUUCUCCCAAGGUCGCUGUUUCAGCAGUAGUUACUUCCACUGCUUUGCACGCGUCUAUUCUCCACGACUCUGAGAAUCUGAGGAAAGAAGUGCCAGGCAUCGAAAGAUUCAAAGUCGCUGCGAGGAACAAUAUAACACAAUGGUACAGCAGCCAUGUCAAGCUCUUGCCUACGCCAUCUGCCCGGUCCGUGGAGAUAUAUGAUCCAGACCAAAAGAUUUUCGUGACCCACGAAGAUUCAGAUGACCACGGAAUUGUGGAUGUGUAUGGCCCAUUCGCAUACUUUCUGUCUACCGUCAAUGUCGAUCGUUUGGAACCCGCUUUUAGAAUCACCCCUCUUGCGUCAGAGAUUAUUUCGUCGGAAGUCUCGCUAGACAUUGUCAUGGUUCGACCUUGUCGCGAUCCUACCUUCGUUAUGGAUACCACAGAAGCUCGAAAUAUCUUCGCGGAAAAAUCAACGGCUGUGCUGAUGGCAGCAUAUCAAGAUGGUGACCACAUAAACUUGAGAUACACCGGUGAUGGAAAGAUAACCAGAGAAGGAGCUGGUCCCACUCUAGUAGAAUAUAUCCGGUGCGGAGGAUGGGAAUGGAUACCUGAUGACAUCGAUGAAAGGGCUCACCUCCUGUGUUCAGACGGAGCUAUAUUCUCAAUUGAAAAAGGUGGAAGGGCAGCAUGUAGGACAGCAGUACCAGCGAAUGGUGCAGGAUUUUUGGUAUAUGUAUAA